CUGCUGACUGCUCCUUUCUUCUUUUUCACCUUUUCACUUCAUAUUGAGACCAGAAUUCAACUCAUUUUGACCUGAAAACACUUCAGUCCUUCAAAGGACACGUGAUUUCUCUGAAAGAGGAAGAACCCAUUUCCUCACAUUUCCACCACAGGUUUGUCAGAGCUGGACGUUAGAAAGGAGACAGACUGAAGGACGAGACCAGCAAAGAGCAGCUUCUGGAAGAGAAGUCCAACAUCUCACCUGAAUCAAACAUGUCAGCUCCUCACCGUGGUCUUUCCAGGGACUCUAUGAACACAGAGUGAAAGAUCAGUGAGAUAAGUCAGACUCGUCACGAGGUCAAAGAUGAGCUCACCUCCAGAAGUCCUCCUGGGAAUUCUGAAAGACUUGGAAGAUAAAGACUUUAAAGAUUUCAAGUGGUAUUUGUGGCGAGAUGGAGUUCUUGAAGGGUUCAAACCAAUCCCAAAGAGUGACCUGCAGACAUUGGACAGGGGGGACACAGUGGAUAAGAUUCUCAACACCUACAGUGAUCGCACUCUUGAAGUCACUGAAAUGGUUUUAGAGAAAAUGCAGAUGAAGAGUCUAUGGGAGAAACACUGCAAAAACCUCUCAAAACCUGCAGGUGUGUGCUCUGCUGUGGAUCAGAGUGAGGACAGACAGGACAGAGUCUGUCCCUCUAAAAGGACACUCAGUGGAGAACAUGAGAACCUGACCAAGGCUAAAAGGCAGCAGAAGAGAGCAGACUCUCCUGGAUCUGGAUCUGGAUGCGGACCCAAACCUGGGCCUGAACCUGGUCCCAGCUGUGUGUCCAUGAAGAGUGACCUGCCCCAUGAUACAUCUGUAGAUUCCAGAGGAUCUCACGUCAGCCAGCAGAGCUCCCAGGUUCUCCAUGGAGGCUCCACCCCUCAGCAUCAAACACAUCUGGACUCCAUCUUUAUGAUGCUGGAGGACAACAUGGUGACUUUCAUGAAGGAGGAGCUGAAGAAGAUGAAGAAGCUCCUGAGUCCAGAUUACCCAGCAAGCUCAGAGAGUGAGAGGGAGGAUGAGGGUGAAGAGCAGAGGAGCAGCAGAGAGUCAUUUCUGAGGAUGACACUGAACUUCCUGAGGAGGAUGAAGCAGGAGGAGCUGGCUCAGUGUCUGUGGAGCAGAGUCUGCCAAAAGAAGCUGAAAUGUGGUCUGGAAAAGAGGUUCCAGUGUGUGUUUGAGGGGAUCCUCAGACAAGGAGUGUCCACCCUCCUGAACCAGAUCUACACAGAGCUCCACAUCACAGAUGAAGGGACUGCAGGGAUCAAUCAGGAACAUGAGGUCAGACAGAUUGAAACAGAAUCCAGGACAGCAGACAGAAGUGUAGAAACAAGCAUCAGACCACGAGACAUCUUUAAAGCCCCACCUGGAAGAUCUCAACCAAUCAGAACGGUGCUGACAAAGGGAGUAGCUGGCAUUGGGAAAACAGUCCUGACACAGAAGUUCACUCUGGACUGGGCUGAAGACAAAGACAACCAGGACAUCCACUUCAUAUUUCCAUUCACCUUCAGAGAGCUGAAUGUAGUGAAGGAGAGGAAGUUCAGCUUGGUGGGACUUGUUCAUCACUUCUUCAAUGAAGCCAAAAAGGCAGGAAUCUGCAGCUUUGAAGAAUUCCAGGUGAUCUUCAUCUUUGAUGGUCUGGAUGAGUGUCGACUCCCUCUGAAGUUUCGUCGAGCUGAGAUCCUGACUGAUGUAACAGAGUCCACCUCAGUGGAUGUUCUGCUGAUAAACCUCAUCAGGGGGAAACUGCUUCCCUCUGCUCGCCUCUGGAUCACCACACGACCUGCAGCAGCCAAUCAGAUCCCUGUUGACUGUGUGGACAUGGUGACAGAGGUCCGAGGGUUCACCGACCCCCAGAAGGAGGAGUACUUCAGGAGGAGGUUCAGAAACCAAGAGCAGGCCAGCAGGAUCAUCUCCCACAUCAAGAAAUCACGAAGCCUCCGCAUCAUGUGCCACAUCCCGGUCUUCUGCUGGAUCACUGCUACAGUUCUGGAGAAGCAGAGCAGAGAGGGAGGAGAGCUGCCCAAGACCCUGACUCAGAUGUACAUCCGCCACCUGGUGGUCCAGGUUGAAAUGAACAAGAUCGAGUAUGAUGAAGACCUUGACGCAGAUGAAACCUGGAGUCCAGAGAGCAGGGAGAUGAUAGAGUCUCUGGGAAAACUGGCUUUUGAGGAGCUGCAGAAAGGAAACCUGAUCUUCUAUGAACCCGACCUGACAGAGUGUGGCAUCGAUCUCAGAGCAGCCUCAGUGUACUCAGGAAUGUUCACACAGAUCUUUAAAAAGGAGAAAGGCCACCAGAAGUCUUUGUUCUGCUUUAUCCAUCUGAGCCUUCAGGAGUUUCUGGCUGCUCUUCAUGUCCAUCAGACCUUCAUCAACUCUGGAAUCAACCUGCUGGAAGAGAAACAAACAACCAUUCAACAAUCUCCACAACAGCCUCAGCUCCACCAUCUCCAUCAGAGAGCAGUGGACGAGGCCUUGAAGAGUCCAAAUGGACACCUGGACUUGUUCCUCCGCUUCCUCCUGGGUCUUUCACUGGAGACCAAUCAGAGUCUCCUUCGAGGUCUGCUGACACAGACUGGAAGUAGCUCACAGGCCAAUCAGGAAACAGUCCAGUACAUCAAGAAGAAGCUGAGUGAGAGUCUGUCUGCAGAGAGAAGCAUCAAUCUGUUCCACUGUCUGAAUGAACUGAAUGAUGGUUCUCUGGUGGAGCAGAUCCAACGGUACCUGAGAUCAGGACAUCUCGACACAGAUGAACUGUCUCCUGCUGAGUGGUCAGCUCUGGUCUUCGUCUUACUGUCAUCAGAAAAAGAUCUGAAGGAGUUUGACCUGAAGAAAUACUCUGCUUCAGAGGAGGCUCUUCUGAACCUGCUGCCAGUGGUCAAAGCCUCCAACAAAGCUCUGUUGAGCGGCUGUGGUCUGUCAGAGAGAAGCUGUGGAGCUCUGUCCUCAGUUCUCAGCUCUCAGUCCUCCAGUCUGACACAUCUGGACCUGAGUAACAACGAGCUGCAGGAUUCAGGAGUGAAGCUUCUGUCUCUUGGACUGGAGAGUCCUCACUGUAAACUGGAAGCUCUCAGUCUGUCAGGGUGUCUGGUCUCAGAGGAAGGCUGUGCUUCUCUGGUCUCAGCUGUGAGAUCCAAGUCCUCCCAUCUAACAGAGCUGGACCUGAGCUACAACCAUCCAGGAGACUCAGGAGUGAAGGAACUGUCAGCGGCAGUGGAGGAUCCACACUGCUCACUGGAGACUCUCAGGUUGAGCUGCUGUGGUCUGUCAGAGAGAAGCUGUGGAGCUCUGUCCUCAGUUCUCAGCUCUCAGUCCUCCAGUCUGACACAUCUGGACCUGAGUAACAACGACCUGCAGGACUCAGGAGUGAAGCUGAUUUCUGCUGGACUGGAGAGUUCUCACUGUAAACUGGAAGCUCUCAGUCUGUCAGGGUGUCUGGUCUCAGAGGAAGGCUGUGCUUCUCUGGUCUCAGCUGUGAGAUCCAAGUCCUCCCAUCUGACAGAGCUGGACCUGAGCUACAACCAUCCAGGAGACUCAGGAGUGAAGGAGCUGUCAGCGGCAGUGGAGGAUCCACACUGCUCACUGGAGACUCUCAGGGUGGACCAUGGUGGACAGCAGAGGCUCAAACCUGGUCUGAGGAAGUAUUUCACCCAACUUGAACUGGAUGAAAACUCCAUGAGCAGAAAGCUCACACUGUCCAACAACAACAGGAAGGUGACAUAUGUGAAGGAAAAGCAGCCAUAUCCUGAUCAUCCAGACAGAUUUCAUGUCUUCCAGCUGCUGGGUAGAAAUGAUCUGAGAGAUCGAUGCUACUGGGAGGUCGAGUGGAGCGGAGAUGUUAAAAUAUCAGUGAGUUACAGAGGAAUCAGGAGGAAAGGAGUCAGUGAUGAGGUUGUGUUCGGAUGCAAUCAUCAGUCCUGGAGUCUGGAGUGUUCUGGUGGAGGUUACUAUGUCCGACACAAUAAGACAGUAACAUCCAUCUCCUCCUCCUCCUCCUCCUCCUCCUCCUCCUCCUGGUCUGGUAGAGUAGCAGUGUAUGUGGACUGUCCUGCUGGCUCUCUGUCCUUCUUCAGAGUCUCCUCUGACUCUCUGAUCCCCCUCUACACCUUCAACACCACAUUCACUCAACCUCUCUAUGCUGGAUUUGGACUCUGGUCCCCUGGUUCAGUGAUUCUGUGUGAUCUGUAGGAAGGCCGGUCUCUGUCUCUGACAGCAGGAAGGAGGAGCAGCCAGUCAGAAAGUGGGAGGGGUUUAUUACGUCACUGACUGCCAAUGACGUCUUUAGACGUCAAUCUAAUUCCUAUCUCUGGCUGACAUUUAUGUCUUUAGACUUUAAUUGUAUUUUUUCAUGUUUUUCUUUUUUUUUUA